AUACUUACAUACAUGUACCAUACUGACUAGAUAUACCAACAAUACCGCAACCAUGGCGCCCGUAGACGUCCUCGACUUGCACAUUGUCAUUCUCGGCGCUGGAAUGGGUGGUCUCGCCACCGCUCUAGCAUGCGCCCAGAAGGGCUUUCGAAACAUCGACGUAUACGAAAGUGCCUCGAAUCUGGGCUUCGUGGGCGCCGGCAUCCAACUCGCUCCCAACAUGGCACGCAUUCUGGAUCGUCUGGGAGUCUGGGCGGACAUUGAAAAGGAUGCCGUGGAUCUGAAGGAAACCAGCAUCCGACAGGGCUCCACCGACGAGGAACUCGGCCACGUCGACCUCAAAUAUGUCCGCGCUACGUAUCAAUAUCCGCACAUGGUGGGCCAUCGAUCCUCUCUCGCGGGCUCGUUGUACGAAGGCUGUCAACGCGAGAAAGCCAUCAAGUUUCAUUUUCGAACCCAAGCGACCGAGGUCAAGGCGUGGGGACCCCAACCCUCUUUUCUCGCAACACCCAGGGAAGGGGAGCCUGUGGAGGUCUCAUGCGACGUGCUCCUCGCGUCGGAUGGUGUGAAAUCAGUCGUGCGAGAUCAAAUGCUUCGCCUCCUCAAAAUCGACGCCAAGAUUGUCGAUACGGGCCAAGCGGCCUACCGCAUCAUGCUCACUCGCGAGCAAAUGAAAGACGACCCGGAACUCAUGCAACUGAUUGAUUCCGAGGGCGUCACGAGAUGGAUUGGAGAGAAACGGCACAUCAUUGCCUAUCCCGUGUCGGGCAAACAGAUCUACAAUCUCAGCACCGUGCAACCAGACAAACACUUUGCCUCUGCGCCCUCUGCCUCGUAUACCACCAAAGGAAGCAAACCCGAAAUGAUGCACGUCUUUGACGAUUUCUGCCCCAAAGUCAAGCGCAUGCUCGAUCUGGUACCCGACGGCGAAGUCUGCGAAUGGAAACUCCGCGUCCACGAACCCCUCCCCACCUGGGUCCACGAACAAGUCGCCCUGGUCGGCGACGCCUGCCAUCCCACUCUCCCUCAUCUGGCCCAAGGCGCCGCCCAAGCCAUCGAAGACGGCGCCGUCCUCUCCAUCGUUCUCGCGAAACUCUCCACCACUGCCAAAGGAGGAGUGACUCCCGAGGCGAUUCACAAAGCCCUCAAAGUCUACGAACACGUCCGCCGCGAACGAGCAUAUCAACUCGUCGAUCUGGCCGCAGCGAGUGGCAAAGCGUUGCAUCUGGGCGAUGGCGCGGCCAAGGAACAGCGCGACAAGCAAUUUGCUGCGCUCAAAGCCGCUGGCGGCAAGGGCGGCGUGCCGGAUAAGUGGGCGGAUGCGGAUGUGCAAAAGAUGAUUUAUGGGAGGGAUGUGAUGCGUAUUGCCGAGGAGGAGUUUGAGGCGGUUUAUGCGAAGUUGUGAUGUGGAAAAAAGAUAGAUGUAGAUACAUACAUAGGUAUAAGUACUUUAUUUGGC